AACUAGACAGAUAACGUUGGUUGGACUCCGCCCAACUCCCUCUGAAGUGGACAAGAUCAAGAAGUGCCGGCACAUGUCUAGUCUGCUUUGGCUCAUCAGACGCGAUUCGAUUGACAAAUAAUGUCACUUGCAGAAGAAUUGCUAGCUGAUCUGGAUGAGGCAGGUGAUGACACAAUUGAAGAUGAAGAGGAUCCAAAGGGUGAUACUGAAAUUGUAGAGUCAAUAGAAGCAUCACUGGAUCUUUUGAAAGAUGAGAAUGACUCCAUCUCUGCAGUAGCACAAUUAUCAGGAAGUGAAAAGUUAAUGAAUAUGAUGGGAAAUAUUGAUUGUUUUCUGGAGAAUCCAAGGCAGAGCAAUGUGGUGGGACCUGUGGAAGCUGAUCCUGAGUAUCAGUUGAUAGUUGAUUCCAACAACAUGGCAGUUGAGAUUGAUAAUGAGACCACUACUAUUCACAAGUUCAUAAAAGAUAAAUACUCCAAGAGAUUUCCUGAGCUGGAAUCACUUGUUCAUACUCCAUUGGAGUAUAUACAAACAGUUAAGCUGUUACAGAACGAGUUAGAAGUAACGAGAGCUGACCUGAGUGAAGUACUUCCAGCUGCAACAAUUAUGGUAGUGUCUGUGACAGCUUCCACCACUCAAGGACACCGAUUAGAAGAAGGCGAGUUACAAAAGAUUCUUGAAGCUUGUGAAAUGGCUCUUGAAAUCAACUCAUAUAAGAUUAAGAUCCUUGCAUACGUUGAGUCUCGAAUGUCUUUGGUGGCUCCUAAUUUGUCUCGAAUAGUUGGACCCACAGUUGCAGCAAAGUUAAUGGGUAUUGCUGGUGGCCUUACAUCCUUGUCCAAGAUGCCGGCAUGCAACAUCCUUGUAGUUGGUGCCCAAAAGAAAACUUUGGCUGGAUUCUCAACGGCUAGUGUUCUUCCUCAUACUGGUGUGAUUUACUACUCGGAGAUGGUACAAAAUAUGCCACAAGAUGCUCGAAGGAAAGCAGCUAGACUACUAGCAGCUAAGUCGACACUAGCUGCAAGGGUAGAUAGUUUUCAUGAAAGUCCAGAUGGAAGUAUUGGCGAAAGGCUUGCUACAGAAGUAAGAAUGAAGUUUAAUAAAAUUUUGGAGCCUCCACAUGUUAAAGCACCCAAACCCCUCCCUAAACCAGAUGACCUCCCUAGAAAGAAACGGGGAGGGCGACGUGUGAGAAAACAAAAAGAAAGGUAUGCCCAGUCAGAAAUGAGAAAGCAAGCUAACAGAAUGACGUUCGGAGAGAUUCAAGAAGAUGCCUACCAGGAAGACUUGGGCUUCACUACGGGGCAACUAGGAAAAGGUGGUGGGACUGGGCCAGUGAGAGGUCCCACAGUGGACAAAAAGACACAAGUCUCCAUUUCCAAGAGACUCCAGAGACAAAUACAGAAGGCACAAGUGUUUGGAGGAAAAUCAUCUGUAAGGGGUACUACUUCUGGAACAGCUUCUAGCGUUGCGUUUACUCCUUUGCAAGGGCUAGAAAUUGUUAACCCGAUGGCAGCUGAAAAACGACUUCAAGAGGCUAACCAGAAGUACUUUUCAUCCGCAGCGGGAUUUCGAAGCCAAAAGCCAACCAUCUAACUAAACUAUUGUACAAUAAUUAUUGUGUUGUUUAUGUUUAACGUGACCAACAAUUAAUAAGAAGCAGAAGUGGGCAUGGGAUUGUG